ACAAAAAAACAAAAAAAAGAAUGAAAAACAAAUAAAAUAAAGAAAAAUAUAAAAUAAAAUAAAACAACGGAUAAUUCUUAUUCACACAAAGCAAUCUUUCUUUCAGUUCAGAGAGUGAAGUUUCAAUGGCGGUUUCAUCUCUCUCAUCAACACUCGUUCCUUCACUUUCUCUCUCCAAUUCUAACCCUUCAUUAUCUUCCAAGCCAAAGUUCCAAUCUUUAUCCUUUCUCUCCGGCAACACUUUGAGGCUUACAAACCCAACAAAACCUUUUCAUUCAUCAACUGUGGUUUGUGCUGCUCCAGAAGUUUUGAAUUCCGCUGAUACCAAAGAUGUUGAGUCUCUUAACAGUUCCUUUCAGGUUGGUGAUUUGGAGACUCCGAGCACUUCUAAGAUUAGCAUUGAGGCGGAUGCAGACAUGAUGGCACCGAAGCAGAAAAUUAGAAUCAAGCUUAGAUCUUACUGGGCAGACUUGAUCGAGGAUUCCUGCAAGCAGAUAUUAGAUGCAGCAAGAACUACCAAUGCCAAAACAAUGGGUCCUGUACCUUUACCAACCAAGAAGCGAAUUCACUGUCUACUUAAAUCUCCACAUGUACACAAAGAUGCUCGAUUCCAUUUCGAAGUUAGAACUCAUCAGCGUCUCAUUGAUAUUCUAUAUCCUACAGCCCAAACAAUAGAUUCUCUUAUGCAACUUGAUCUUCCUGCUGGUGUUGAUGUCGAGGUUAAGCUCUGAAGAUGUUAGCUUCAGGUUGAGUAUGGGUGAACUUCAACUUGCUUCUAAUAGCAAGAGUAGAUUAUUUUCAAAUAUUGUUUCUUUGAACAAUACAAAUGAUCCUUUUGUUUUCUUUUUCAUUCUGUGUUUAACAAGGUGUUUUAGAAAGUUUACUGUUGUUGUUGCAUAGAUAUUUCGAUAUUCUACUCAAUGUAAUGUAAGUCUUAGAUUAUCACAACAAAAUUAUGUCAUUCUUCCAAAUUAUCCAGAUGUUUAGUUAACUGAUUUGAAAAGCUACUCUACCACUGCA